AUGUCUGCACAGGGAUACAAGCGAGUCUUAGACUUCUGGUUCGGACGCAAAGGCUCCCGAGACUACCUGAAAGAGAAAUCCUUCUGGUACGGCAGCCCAGCCGACGACGAGCAUCUGCGCCGUGUCUUCGCCAAUGACUACGAGGCAGCCAAGAACGGGAAAUACGACGAUUGGAUCCAAGCGGGCGACGGCGAAGGCGCCCUGGCCCUGAUCAUCCUCCUGGACCAGGUUCCCCGAAACAUCUUCCGCGGUACCCCCCAGGCCUACGCCACGGACAGCAAGGCUAUCGCGGUGGCCCGGUACGCCGUCGACAAAGGCUGGGACAAACACCUGCCCACGAUCCAGCGACGCUACAUGUACUCCCCUUUCAACCAUUCGGAGAAUUUGGCCGACCAGGAGAUGUCGCUGAAGCUGUUUACAGAGCUGGGCGACAGCAAGCAUCUGUAUUGGGCUCGCAAUUUUUAUGAUCAGAUAAAGCAGAACGGCCGUCUUCAUUUGCCUCGACAGAUAUUGAUUCAUUCUUUUGGAAGAGCAUCUCUAAUUCCACCUUCAACUGGCACUCGCAAUUCCGCAUAA